AUGGCCACCCAGACUGCGCUCUGCAAGGCAGCGGCGGGGCACCGACAGCUGGUGCUGCAAUUGGGGAGCAGCGCUGAUGGCCCCCAGCUGCGCGAGGAGCGGCACAGGAGGAGCGCGGAGGUGCGGGAGCUCAGUGUCGGGCUGCAGAGUGCACUGCUGGCGUGGCUGCGGCAGGCAGCGGGCCCUCAGGAGCGGCGAGAGCUGGAGCGGCUGUGGGUGCUCUUCCUCUCUGCCCUGGAGCUUUUCCUGCAGGACCUGUGCUGCGCCCACCACCUCUGCAGCAUCUUCUCCCCAGGGGUGGGUGGUGUGACCCCACUGCGCACUGGGCUGGGGGGGUGGCGAGGUGGGGGUCCUGAGCUGCCCCCAGCCCCCCUAUGCCUGGAGGAGGAGAUAGAGCAGGUGAGGGCAAUGCUGGUGGAGAUGGAGAGCACGGCCAACAUCCCACUAUGGACAGUGGAAUCCAUGCAUGCAGUGGGGCCAGAGGAGGGCACAGCCCCCAUGUCCUGCAGGCCAGGGCCUGGCACCGAGUCUUGCUGCAGGGUGCUGUGA